GCAGCACAGUCACUUUCCAGGCCUCUGAUUGGCUCGUUAGCUGCUGUUUUGAUCACGUGACACAAAGAUGGCCGCCAGCGACAGGAGGGGGGAUGGUCAGGACAGUAUUCUGGAGCCGCUGUGUUUUCCAGAGCAGCACGUCGACGCCCUGCAGCGACCUAACCCAGAGCCGCUGCUGUGUCUGUUCUGCUCCGAGUCCACCCCCCUGCCGCAGAAGGACGUCCUCCUCAAACACCUGCUGCUGGAGCACAAGAUGGUCAUUAGUGACGUCAAACUCAUCGCGGACCUGCCGAAGUACUUGUUGUACUGGAAAGGCAGAUUCCUGGAGCAGCCGAUCACAGAUUUCUGCAGCGUCAUCAAAACAAACUCCACCGGUCCAGUUGAGAAACAAGAGAACUACUUCCUGCUGUGUGACGUUCUUCCAGAAGAUCGACUCCUCCGAGAGAAGCUCCAACAGAAACGACUGGAGGAGGUGCUGGAGCAGCAGCAGCAGGAGAGAGACGACAGCAGCUUCCAGCGUCUCUGCAUGUUCUGCAGCGACGAGUUCGCUGGAAACAGGUCGUCAAUCAACACAUCAACAAACCUCCCAAGUGUUGGAAUAUGAACCAGAAAUAAACAUUUUAACCAAAAUGAAAUAUUUUGGUUAUAUUUCAGGAUUUCAUCUGAAAAUCAG